UCCUGCAGCCAGUCCCUGCUAGUGUACUCUGCACUGCUCACUGCAGCCUGCAUUCUGCUGCUGGGUCAUCCUAUACAGGGGCUGAGAUCUGCUAUGAUAUGAAAACUAGGCAGCACGACUCCCAUCACUGCCAGGAACAGGUCUGACACUUGGGACAGGAAGACACGCCAGUGGGUUAACUCAUCUACAGCCUGGGAUCAGCUCUGUGUACCCUGGGGUAUAUAUGGGGUGUUACAUGGAAUAAUAACCAGCCAUGGGCUGCAGACUACCUACCCAGGACAGACUGUGAUUUAGGGUCCAAAUAAUUCCCCACUCCCCCCACCGCCCCCAGAAUCGUCACCAAGGGGGAACUAAUCAGCAAGAAACGAACAAGAAGAACUCUAUGGUCAACACCCUUAUGCUCUGUAUGACAUGAGACAAGGUCACCCCAGGACAGGGCACUAACACUAAUUAAGGACUGGCCGGGGACUGGCUGAGAGUUGUUGCACUGGGCGGCCAGUCUGUCUCCCUGUUUGCCCAAUCUGAUGCUUGCCAACCCUUCCCUAUGAUCUGCCCCAUGGGCAGCAAUAUGUUUCUGCCCCCACCAGUCCGGAAGGGUUUCUCCAUCGAGGCCCUGGUGGGGCCAGACCGCAGCCCAGAGGAGCCACUCAGACCCACCGCUCUCAAAUACCCCGAUCCGGGACUGACCCCUGCACACCUGCGACCUGGAAUCCGGCUCCUGGGGGCUCCGGACCUGGUGUUUCCAGAACCCACCACCCCCCAGUAUGGCCAUGCCCUGGGCAUCCAACAGCACCGGCUGAUACACAGAGACCCACUCAGCUUCUGUCCCUGGAUCUUGCGUCAUCCCAUGCCAGGUGAAGAAAAUAAUCCAGAAAAUUAUUUGCUUCAGGGACCCUUUUCACGCAAACCCAAAAGGAUAAGAACCGCUUUCUCUCCCUCCCAACUUCUGCGUCUCGAAGGAGCGUUUGAGAAGAACCACUAUGUGGUGGGAACAGAAAGGAAGCAACUUGCAAACAGUCUAUGUCUGACAGAAACUCAGGUAAAAGUUUGGUUUCAGAACCGAAGAACGAAACACAAGCGUCAAAAGCUAGAAGAGGAGUGUCCCGAGUCUCAGCAAAAAAGGAAAAGCAGCCAGCAUAUUAACAGAUGGAGAAUGGCGACAUGUCAGGACAGCUCUAAAGACAUUGACGUCACAUCCGAUGACUAGCAAUACCUAUUCAAAAACCAGGGCCUUACGCAUGCAGGCUGAUAUUCAUAUCAUCUGAAAAGGUGCAUCAUGUCUGGACAGCUCUCUAUCAAAAUAAAGGAACAUUUGUUUAUAAGACCACUCCAAUGGCUUUAUUACAUUAUGACCUCGCGCUUAAGAUUCCCUUGUGGAUUAGCUAUGUUCUACAUAAAAAUGAACAUUCCAUGGAACUUCAGACUGUUUAACCCUUGCAAAUUGUUUCUACGAGUCUCAUUUCCAAGAGACCAGGUUGCAAUGUUGCAAAACGAUAACUGAUAGCAAUAAUUGUGUUCAUUGGGACUGUAUCUGCAGCUUGUAGCUCUGUAGCUAUCUUGAACUAUGACCUUUAAGAUCCUCUUUUAACCUUUCACACUAUGAACUGUGUCAGUGAUACAGUUAAUUUACUACCUUGAUGCAGAGUUUCAGGCCAGUGCAGCCAAGCAAGUACCUCAGGAAUACACAUUCCUUACAGUAUGCAGACAGCAUGUAAAUAUAUAUUUAACAUUAAA